AUGAGAUCUGGAAAUUGCACCACAGUGAAGGAAUUCAUCUUAGUAGGGUUUCCUGGCAUCCAGAAAGUGAAGGUUCUCGUAUUCCUAACCAUGGCAGUGACUUAUUCAUUGACAUUAACUGGGAACUUUGUGAUCAUAUUUUUAGUGUGGAAAGAUUACCGUCUUCACACCCCCAUGUACUGGCUGCUUUGUAACCUUUCUUUCUCGGGAGUCUGCUUCACCUCUGCCAUUGUUCCCAAAAUGAUGAUGAACAUGAUCACAGAUACCAAAGUAAUUUCCUUCACGGGAUGCAUGAUCCAAAUGUAUUUCUAUUUCUACUUGGGAACUUGUGAUUACAUUCUAGUGGCUGUGAUGGCCUUUGAUCGAUACGUGGCCAUCUGUAACCCAUUGCGUUAUUCUGUCAUCAUGAGUGGAUCAUUCACAUUCCAGCUAGCUUUUGGGACUUGGCUUGGAGCUUUUCUGUCUGUUCUUUCAUCAACAAUUGUCUCACUCCAACUCCCAUUCUGUGGUCCAAAUGUAAUUGACCACUACUUCUGUGAUAUCAUCCCAGUGCUGCGGUUAGCCUGUGGGGACACCACUGUGCUUGAAAGGUUGAGCUAUGUGUCAACUGCCACUGUAGUGUUGAGUUCACUUCUAUUGACGUCAGUGUCCUACUUGUACAUCAUCACCACCAUAUUGCACAUCCCAUCUGCCACUGGCCAGCAAAAGGCUUUUUCCACCUGCGCGGCUCAUAUCACAUUAGCAUCUGUCUUCUAUGGAUGCUCCAUUUUCAUGUACUUGCUGCCAGAGAAAACCCAUUCAUCUGGAUUUUACAGAGCUGUGGCUAUUCUUCAUACUGUGGUGACUCCUUUACUUAAUCCAUUCAUAUAUACACUCCGGAAUGAGAAAGUGAAGGAAGUCUUGAAAGACACUGUGAAACAUAUAUGCUUUCUCAAAAAAGGAAAGUAG